AUGUUGAAGAAUUUCAGAAUCUGGCUCAAGACAACACUUGCACUUGGAGCCGGAAGCCUCUGGCCACCUGUCGAGGCCAUGAGCUACAGCAGAGGAGUCUUAAUGUACAACUUCAACGAGGACCGCUUUGGCGAGGAUCUCCAGAACAAGCCGAAGGUUGAGGAUGCGCCCAAGAUGAGCGUUUCUCACACUGUCCACAACUGGAAAACUCCUUCUGCCGGCAAAGCCGAGAAUCCUUCCCCUGGUUUGGAUAGGCAUGUUCUGUUCGGGCAUACUGGCGACAUGCGAGAUCCGCAUACGAACCUGCAGAAGGUAGACUUCAUGACUACGAACCAGUAUUUCCAGCAGGAAUCGAUCCACUAG